AAAAGCACUCUGUGUGGGGAACAUGAGAGCCAGACCAAAGCUCAGAGGAACCCACCUGGACCUCCACCCAGCUCUGUGUCCUUACAGAGUGACGCAUCUAAAGAGUUCCCCCUUAAUUUUAAAGUCCAGCCUGUGUCUGCUGCAGAGAGGAUCAAAGGGAGACCUGCUGGACCUGAACCUGGACGCAGCUGUAUGUCCUUACAGAGUGACGCAUCUAAUGGUCACAUCAUGUAUUCUAAAUCCCAGCCUGUGUCUCCUGCAGAGAGACAGUGCAUCUGCUCAUACUGGGGCCAGUCUGCUUCAUCAGGAGACUCCUCCUGUCCCCAGUGUGGAGAAAGAUCCAGAACCAGAGCUGGACUGCAGACAGCCAGUCAGAGCAGCUGUGUACAAACAGAUGUUGGUCUGCAGGAGGUUUUAGAUGAACAUAAAAUCAGUCUGAGGAAGAGAUGUGAACGUGUGACUGAAGGAAGUGAUGAAACAGGAAGUAGAACCCUCCUCAACACCAUCUACACUGAGCUCUAUAUCACAGAGGGACAGAGUGAAGAGGUUCAUACCCAACAUGAGGUGAGGCAGCUGGAGACAGCUUCCAAGAUGGACGCCCUCCAUGACCGUCCAAUCAGGUGCAAGGACAUCUUUAAAGCCUUACCUGACCAACAGAGACCCAUCAGAGUGGUUCUGACCAACGGCGUGGCUGGUGUUGGAAAAACCUUCUCAGUGCAGAAGUUCACUCUGGACUGGGGGAAUCUGCUGGCGUUUGAACAUCUGGAGAAAGGAAACAUCAUGUUCUACCAAGAAGACCUGGAGCAGUGUGGUCUGGAUGUGACAGAGGCCUUGGUGUACUCAGGAGUUUGUACAGAGAUCUUUAAAAGAGAGUGUGUUAUCUUCCAGAAACCAGUCUACUGCUUUGUUCAUCUGAGCAUUCAGGAGUUUCUGGCUGCUGUCUACAUGUUCCACUGUCACACCAACAGGAAGACAGAGGUGCUGAAGAACUUCCUUAGAGAAAAACGUAUGUGGUUCCUGACUCGAUUGAAAUAUUCUUCUACUUUAAAUGACAGUGAUUAUAGUGACAAGUCAUCACUUGAUGUAUUUCUGAGCAGAGUCAUUUACAAAUCCCUCCAGAGUAAAAACGGCCACCUGGACCUAUUUGUUCGCUUCCUUCAUGGCCUCUCUCUGGAGUCCAACCAGAGACUCUUAGUAGGUCUGCUGGGUCAGACAGAGAUCAGUCCAGAAAUCAUCCAGAGAGUCACUGACAAUCUGAAGAAGAUAAACACUGAUAAAAUCUCUCCUGACAGAAGCAUCAACAUCUUCCACUGUCUGAUGGAGAUGAAUGACCUCUCAGUACAUCAGGAGAUCCAUGAGUUCCUGAAGUCAGAGAACAGAUCAGAGAAAGAACUCUCUGAGAUCCACUGCUCAGCUCUGGCCUUCAUGCUGCAGAUGUCAGAGGAGGUUCUGGAUGAGUUGGACCUGCUGAAGUACAACACAUCAGAGCGGGGACGACUGAGACUGAUUCCAGCUGUGAGCAACUGCAGAAAGGCGCGAAUGACACGGUGUGGAUUCUCAGAGACUCACUGUGAAGUUGUGGCCUCAGCUCUGAAGUCCAUCCCCUCCCAUCUAACAGAGCUGGACAUGAGUGCAAACAACCUGCAGGAUUCAGCAGUAAAGCUUCUGUCUGCUGGACUGGAGAGUCCAAACUGUCGACUAGAGACUCUGAGAUUGUUGCGCUGUGGUUUGUCAAAGAUCAGCUGUGAUUAUCUGGCAGCAGCACUGAAGUCCAACCCCUCCCAUCUGAGAGAGCUGGACCUGAGCUGGAACAACCUGAAGGAUCCAGACGUGAAGCAGCUGUCUGAUAUUAAAAAGAGUGCACACUACAAACUGCAGUAUCUGUGGUGGUGAUGAUGGUAAACAGGACGGUGUGUGUGCUGA